AUGAAUUUGCUACACUCUGUGGAAGUCAAAGGCCAGGCUUCGUCAUCGACAUUUAUACGGGUUUACCUGUUGAUAUUGAUGAGUGCCGGGAGAUCCCAGGGGUCUGUGAAAAUGGAGUGUGUAUCAACAUGGUUGGCAGCUUCCGCUGUGAAUGUCCAGUGGGAUUCUUCUAUAAUGACAAGUUGUUGGUUUGUGAAGACAUUGACGAAUGCCAGAAUGGUCCAGUGUGCCAGCGCAAUGCUGAAUGCAUCAACACUGCAGGCAGCUACCGCUGCGACUGUAAGCCUGGCUACCGCUUCACCUCCACAGGACAGUGCAAUGAUCGCAAUGAAUGUCAAGAAAUUCCCAAUAUAUGCAGCCAUGGACAGUGUAUUGACACAGUUGGAAGUUUUUAUUGCCUUUGCCACACUGGCUUCAAAACAAAUGCUGACCAAACCAUGUGUUUGGACAUAAACGAGUGUGAAAGGGAUGCCUGUGGGAACGGAACUUGCCGAAACACAAUUGGCUCCUUCAACUGCCGCUGCAAUCACGGUUUCAUCCUUUCUCACAACAAUGACUGCAUAGAUGUUGAUGAAUGUGCAACUGGAAAUGGGAACCUUUGCAGAAAUGGCCAAUGCAUCAAUACAGUGGGGUCUUUCCAGUGUCAGUGCAAUGAAGGCUAUGAAGUGGCACCUGAUGGGAGGACCUGUGUGGAUAUCAAUGAAUGUCUUCUAGAACCUGGAAAAUGUGCACCAGGUACCUGUCAAAAUCUGGAUGGGUCCUACAGAUGCAUUUGUCCACCUGGAUAUAGUCUGCAAAAUGACAAGUGUGAGGAUAUUGAUGAAUGUGUUGAAGAGCCAGAAAUUUGUGCCCUGGGCACAUGCAGUAACACUGAAGGCAGCUUCAAAUGUCUGUGUCCAGAAGGGUUCUCCUUGUCCUCCACUGGAAGAAGGUGCCAAGAUUUACGCAUGAGCUACUGUUAUGCCAAGUUUGAAGGAGGGAAGUGCUCAUCACCCAAAUCCAGAAAUCACUCCAAGCAGGAGUGCUGCUGUGCAUUGAAGGGAGAAGGCUGGGGAGAUCCCUGCGAGCUGUGCCCCACUGAGCCUGAUGAGGCCUUCCGCCAGAUCUGUCCCUAUGGAAGUGGGAUCAUCGUAGGACCUGACGAUUCUGCAGUUGAUAUGGAUGAAUGCAAAGAACCCGAUGUCUGUAAACAUGGGCAGUGCAUCAAUACAGACGGCUCCUAUCGCUGCGAGUGUCCCUUUGGUUAUAUUCUAGAGGGGAACGAGUGCGUGGAUACUGAUGAAUGCUCUGUGGGCAAUCCUUGUGGAAAUGGAACAUGCAAGAAUGUGAUUGGAGGUUUUGAAUGCACCUGUGAGGAGGGAUUUGAACCUGGUCCCAUGAUGACAUGUGAAGAUAUAAAUGAAUGUGCCCAGAAUCCUCUGCUCUGUGCUUUCCGGUGUGUAAACACUUAUGGAUCAUAUGAAUGCAAAUGUCCUGCUGGAUAUGUUCUGAGAGAAGACAGGAGGAUGUGCAAAGACGAGGAUGAAUGUGAAGAGGGAAAACACGACUGUACUGAAAAACAAAUGGAAUGCAAGAACCUCAUUGGCACAUACAUGUGCAUCUGUGGACCCGGGUACCAGCGGAGACCCGAUGGAGAAGGCUGCAUAGAUGAGAAUGAAUGUCAAACCAAGCCAGGGAUCUGUGAGAACGGGCGCUGCCUCAACACCCGUGGGAGCUACACCUGUGAGUGCAACGAUGGGUUCACUGCCAGUCCCACCCAGGAUGAGUGCCUCGACAACCGAGAAGGGUACUGCUUCACAGAGGUGCUACAAAACAUGUGUCAAAUUGGCUCCAGCAACAGGAACCCCGUCACCAAGUCUGAAUGCUGCUGUGAUGGAGGGAGAGGCUGGGGUCCCCACUGUGAGAUAUGCCCUUUCCAGGGCACCGUGGCUUUUAAGAAACUCUGCCCCCAUGGCCGAGGAUUCAUGACCAACGGAGCAGAUAUUGAUGAAUGCAAAGUUAUUCAUGACGUUUGCCGAAAUGGGGAAUGUGUCAAUGACAGAGGAUCAUAUCAUUGCCUUUGUAAAACUGGCUACACUCCAGAUAUAACUGGGACUUCCUGUGUGGAUCUGAAUGAGUGCAACCAGGCUCCCAAACCCUGCAAUUUUAUCUGCAAAAACACAGAAGGGAGUUAUCAGUGCUCGUGCCCGAAAGGCUACAUUCUGCAAGAGGAUGGAAGAAGCUGCAAAGAUCUUGAUGAGUGUGCAACCAAGCAACACAACUGCCAAUUCCUGUGUGUUAACACCAUUGGUGGCUUCACAUGCAAAUGUCCUCCUGGAUUUACCCAACACCAUACUGCCUGCAUUGAUAACAACGAAUGCACCACUGACAUCAACCUAUGUGGGUCGAAGGGUAUUUGCCAGAACACUCCUGGAAGCUUUACCUGUGAAUGCCAGCGGGGAUUCUCACUUGAUCAGAGUGGCGCCAGCUGUGAAGAUGUGGACGAAUGUGAGGGUAACCACCGCUGCCAGCAUGGCUGCCAGAACAUCAUUGGGGGCUACAGGUGCAGCUGCCCUCAGGGCUACCUCCAGCACUACCAGUGGAACCAAUGUGUCGAUGAAAAUGAAUGCCUCAGCGCUCACAUUUGUGGAGGAGCCUCCUGUCACAACACCCUGGGGAGCUACAAGUGCAUGUGUCCUGCUGGCUUUCAGUACGAACAGUUCAGUGGAGGAUGCCAAGACAUCAAUGAAUGUGGCUCUUCGCAGGCCCCCUGCAGUUAUGGCUGUUCCAAUACUGAGGGUGGCUACCUGUGUGGCUGUCCACCUGGCUACUUCCGCAUAGGCCAAGGGCACUGUGUUUCUGGAAUGGGCAUGGGCCGAGGAAACCCAGAGCCACCUGUCAGCAGUGAAAUGGAUGACAAUUCACUCUCUCCAGAGACCUGUUACGAGUGUAAGAUCAAUGGCUACCCCAAACGAGGCAGGAAACGGAGAAGCACAAAUGAAACAGAUGCCUCCAAUAUCGAGGAUCAGUCUGAGAAAGAAGCCAAUGUGAGUCUUGCAAGUUGGGAUGUUGAGAAGACAGCCAUCUUCGCUUUCAACAUUUCCCACGUCAGUAACAAAGUCCGAAUCCUAGAACUCCUUCCAGCCCUUACAACUCUGACAAAUCAUAACAGAUACUUGAUUGAAUCUGGAAACGAAGAUGGUUUCUUUAAAAUUAACCAAAAGGAAGGGAUCAGCUACCUCCACUUCACAAAGAAGAAGCCAGUGGCUGGAACCUAUUCAUUACAAAUCAGUAGUACUCCACUUUAUAAAAAGAAAGAACUUAACCAGCUAGAAGACAAAUAUGACAAAGACUACCUCAGUGGUGAACUGGGUGAUAAUCUGAAGAUGAAAAUCCAGAUUUUGCUUCAUUAAUUCACCAUCCAGAGACCAAAUAAUUAAAA